AACGGCCAGCCAAUGGCGCGCGAGAGUGAGCACAACGAGUAGUCGGCCACACACCCACAUUUACUUUCAGUCAACCAGUUAGCGGGAGUUCAGCAGCGGCAGCGGCGCUCAGAGAGAUUCAUUUACUGUUCUACUCGCUGUGUGGAGCCGGAAUACCAGAGGAACCAUGUCUGACAGGAAGGCAGUGAUCAAAAAUGCGGACAUGUCUGAGGAGAUGCAGCAGGAUGCUGUUGAAUGUGCCACUCAGGCUCUGGAGAAAUACAACAUCGAGAAGGACAUCGCUGCCUACAUCAAAAAGGAGUUUGACAAGAAGUACAACCCCACCUGGCACUGCAUCGUGGGCAGGAACUUCGGCAGCUACGUCACCCACGAGACCAAGCACUUCAUCUACUUCUACCUGGGCCAGGUGGCAAUUCUGCUCUUCAAGUCCGGCUGAGACGGCCCACCGUCAGCUAACCGUUAAAUACUGACUGUACAGAAAGGCCGAUCAUUCCUGUUCUGGGACCUGCCUUCUCUUGGCUGCUUCUCCUUUUGUUCUUUUUUUUUUGUUUAAAGGAAAUGUUUGUGAGAGAUGAGGAAAAAAACAUGUAUUUAUUUUUGUUUUCUAUACACAAGUUGAACAUUUUAUGUCCCUUUGGAUUUUUUAAUUAAAGCGAAAUGGUUGGGCGGUCUGGGUGGAGGCGAGGACUGGUUUCUUCUGGACACUGACGUGGUGCUGUGAGCCUGAGAAAGAUCUAGAUCAACCAAGAUCAAGAAAUUGGAGGUGAUUUGGUAAAUGAUGAUGAUUGGAAGAUGGAUGGCACCAAUAAUGAGACACACACUCAGGGUUGGUUAUAUAUUACUGUUGAUAUGAGUAUGUUGGCCUUAUUGUUACACAUAAACCUCUAGUGUGUCUCUUAAAUAAACAUUGAUGUGGCUUCACCGUU